AAAAAGUGCGUAUGCACAAGCAAGAUGGAGAGAGUGUGAGUGAAAGAAACAUCAAACCAAACCGUUCGAUGGGAAGUAAACAAACAGGAAAGAAGAAAAAAACAUGACCGGCUGCAUUCGGAAGCAUAAGUUGUUAAUCAGCAUGUGAGCGGAUAUCCGUGGUACAAUCCUGUUGGAGCUCUGCUUUCCAGAAUUUGUGCUGCUCAUUAGCAUCACCGUACCAGAACAACCACGGUUUAAUUAGCGUGUUUAUUAGCGACUAGGAACUAGUAGACAUCAUCGCGUAGCAGACGGGCUUUCGGAGGAGAUGCUAUCCAAGCUGCUGAACAACGGAUCGGAUGGUGCCGGUGGUAAACCGACAAUCGGUCAGCUAUUGGCCGUUGCGGCCGGUGUCGGUGUUGCUUCAGCUAUCGGGUACGGUGUGUAUCGGUUGCUGAAAUACCGGGCCGAACAACAACCACCAGCAGAAUGGCGCCGUGUCGGCGAAGUGUCCGAUCUGUGGAUUUACCCUAUCAAAUCGUGCGGUGCGGUACGGGUGCGCCAGUUCCAGUGUUCGCCGAUCGGCCCGCAGCUGGGACUGUUGCGUGACCGUAUCUUUAUGGUGGUGAAAAGCGAGGAUGGAAAGUUCAUAACCGGACGGGCCCAUCCGACACUUGUGCUGGUACAGCCCACCUUUGACGAUCAGUACGAACGGAUGACCCUGUCCGCACCGGGCAUGAUGGAUAUCGCCGUCAAUGUGAAGCAGCUGCUCGAAAGCGCCCCAGGAAAUUAUUCCGUAUGGGAUCAACCGGUGACAGCGGUUGACUGUGGCGAAGAGGUUGCCCGCUGGCUGUCACGCUUUAUACUGAGCGAAGAUUUUGGUCUCCGGCUCGUGUACUACCCAUUAGAACGGCCGACCCGCCCAGUGCGGGAGAAGAAUCGCAUUCAUGCGCUGCUCACGGCACGUGAUUCGGGUGCGCUACACGACGCAACCAGCUACAUGCUCGUGUCGGAAGCAUCCGUUGCAGAUGUAAACACGCGACUCGAGCGUCCGGUACCGGCGCUACAGUUCCGGGCCAACAUACUCGUCAAGGGACCGAGUGCCUUCGAGGAGGACGACUGGAAGUGGAUCCGAAUCGGUGAAACGGUCUACCGGAACGUGAAACCGUGCACAAGGUGCCUGUUUACGAACGUUGAUCCCGAAACGGGUAUCAGCAAUCCGGCCCAGGAACCGCUGAGCACGCUCCGGAAGUACAGGUUGAAACCCGGCCUGGGUAACUCACCGGUCGUCGGAAUGCAGAUGGGCAUCCGGACGCUCGGUGCAAUCGGACUCGGUGAAACCGUAUACGUCGGAUGAAGCAUUUCGGAACACCACCCCACACACGCCAUGGCGUUUUUGUGCUCUACUGCUUUUAUUGUUAAUUUAAAUGCACUAUGCGGCUAUUCAACCUAAUCCGGAGUGUGAGUGUGUCCAGGUUCUCUUCCCCGAAAGAAAAGAAAACCACCGACCUGGAAUGUUGUGGUUUUGGGAAAGAAAACACCAAGGAGGGCGGCCCGUUAGGCGAAAUAUACCGGAUCGCCCAGCUUGAUUUCACCGGCACGGCGCAACCCGAGAUGGAUGCCGAA